ACAUGCUCCCAAAGAUGAGUGUGCCAGGGAUUGCAGUGAGUGUGUAAGUUUUUGCCAUCAGUAGGUGUGCACUACUUAAUUGCAAAGACUGAGGAACUGUUGAGAGUUAGAGAAAUGUCUGAGCGAUGCAGUGUUCUGAGGACCAUCACUGCAGCCCUGUGCUGCUUCUACCAGAGGAGCUCGGUCAUCGGGGCCAAGGUGAGCGACAGCCUUGCUCCAGAUUGGUUCUCCCGGGACAAGUACAUCAUGGAUGGACCUCCGGAGAAACUGCGCAGAGAGCUGGAGGAGGAGCUGAAACAGUGCAGCGACGAACCACGCAGUCACGCCUGGUACUACGGAGCCAUCCCCAGACAGGUGGCUGAGAACCUGGUCCAGCGAGAUGGAGACUUCCUGAUCCGGGACUCACUCUCUAGCCCAGGGAACUAUGUCCUGACCUGCCAGUGGAAGAACAGUCCCCAGCACUUCAAGAUCAAUAAGGAGGUGGUGGCCAUGAACGAGUCCUACUCACGAGUGCAGUACCUUUUUGAGAGGGAGGGCUUCGACAGUGUGCCUGCCCUGGUGAGGUACUACGUGGGCAACCGCGAGCCUGUCUCCGAGGUGGUGGGGGCCAUCAUCUUCCAGCCCAUCAACAGGACACUGCCACUGAGGUGCUUGGAGGAGAAGUACCAGGCGGGAGGGGUACGUGUGGAGGCUGGCCAAAGGGAAAGGAAGAACCAGACGUCCAAACGUCUGAGCUUAAAUAUCAUGAACGGACAUGUCCCGGAUCACACCCUCAGCCGUGGGAAUCUCCUGAGCACCAAAGACAAGUGCGGGAGUCAGCCAGCGUGUCUGAACCACGUUCAGGACAGGAGACGGCCGCUGAAGACCCAUCAGUCUGAGAGCUUUCUUCCGCUCGGCUCCAAGCCCCAGGUCCAGACCCACCAUAUGGAGCACCAGUCGUGCCCCAAGUCCCCUGUGUUCAGGACAGGCAGCGAGCCAGCUCUUAGCCCUACAGUGGCUCGCAGGAUGGCCUUUGAGAGCCAGGCUGGCGAGGCCAUCCGGGGCUCUGACAGUCAGCUCUUCCCCAAACCACCCCCUAAACCCAGCAAAGUACCAUCCACAAGGCUCCCCCGCUCACCGCGCCUGCAGCCCCUCGCCCCUCCAGCCAAUCCCCAGAAACAGUGGUCUACUCCUCCCCAGCAACAAGCGGUCAGCCCGGCUAGCCCAGAGCUGGGCUACUUUGAGCUGAGCCCCUGCAGCCCUGCCCAGUGGGAGUCAAGCAGCAGCCUGCAGGCUAAUGCCAAUGGCUAUGUGCAGAGGCUGAAGAUGGAGAAGACGAGGAGUGAUGGGAGCGUGAAGCUGGACCGCAGUUCCUACCAUCAUGCUAUCAAGGCCCUGGAGGACAGUAGUGAGGAGGAAGAUGAAGAGCUGGAGGAAGAGCACAGCCAAGUGGCCCGAAAGGUGUCCAGAAUAGAUGCCAUGAAGGUUCACGGUUUUCAGAGGCCCCUGUUUGAGACAGCGUCUGCGUUCAGGCCUGGGGACGUUGAGUUCAGGCUUCUGCCAACAGAGAAUAAGCCACUAGAGAUGUCUGUGCUGAAGAGAGCCAAACAACUGCUGGUCAGUCAGGACCCUAAGAGCAUCGCCAAGCACAUCCUGCUAGCAGAUUGUGAGGUUGCUAGGAUACUGAAUGUUUUGGAAGAGAUGAAAGGUCAGAUGGGUGUGACCUCUGGGCUGGAACUAGUGACACUUCCACACGGGAAGCAACUCCGUCAGGACCUUAUGGAAAGGCAUAACAGCAUGGCGAUUGGUGUUGCCGUGGACAUCCUGGGGUGUACAGGAAGCCUGGAGGAAAGAGCGGCCACGCUAAACCGGAUCAUUCUGGUUGCUGUGGAAUUGAAAGACUCCAUGGGAGACCUUUAUGCCUUCUCCUCCCUAAUGAAAGCACUGGACAUGCCUCAGAUCACAAGACUGGAUCAGACAUGGACCACCUUACGCAGAAAAUAUACGCAGACUGCCAUUAUUUAUGAGAAAUCCCUCAAACCGUUCUAUAAUGGCCUCUAUGAAGGAAGUGCCAAGGUUCCGCUGAGCAGUGCCACCAUCCCCCUGCUCAUGCCUCUCCUCACCCUGAUGGAAAGACCUGCAGUCGCCUUUGAUGGCAUGGAGCUCUGGGAAUGCAACGACCAGGGCUGUGAGAUUAUGCUGCGCCACCUAGAGGAGGCCCGUGCUGUUGCACGCAACGCUGACAACUACUCAUACAAUGCACAAUGCAUCCUGCAAGAUUUCCAUCCCGAUGAAGACAUGCUGGAGAUCCUGAAGACAGACUUCCAGCUCCGCCUGCUUUGGGGUAGCAGAGGAGCUGCUGUGAACCAGACAGAACGAUAUGAUAAGUUUAAACUCAUUUUGACUGCGCUGUCCAGAAAACUAGAGCCUCCUGUUAAACAUACAGAACUCUGAGGCCAGCGGGACCAGAUCAGUUCAAAGAGCUGUGCACAAACAACUGGGCUAUUUUUAUCUCCUACACAGCAGGAAAAGAAAGACAAACCAUACCUUCUAACUGCAGGAUCACCAUGUGAUGUAAUAAAAUGUGUGGAAGAAGGAAUUCCUUUAAGAGACGUUUUGUACAAUGGACUUCCCAGAGACACUACUGCAUCUCUAAAUCCAGAUGCCCAAACACAAAAAAGUUGGAAAUGACCCUCUUCAGGGGAUGCUUUGCGCAAUAGGGCUUCCUGCUCUAUGAACCUCAAAGACAGUCCAGCAUGUGCAAUGAGAUGAAGUAGCCCAAAGAGACAAAGAUGCAGCGAGAGCAGCAGGAGGAUGUUUUAAUGAAGAAGAGUAACAAACGUGGUUCAUCACUCAUUAGAAUUAGAAAUUAAACGGUUAACUCAUUAUUUGAAGGGCCAGGUGAUGAGAGGAGAAGAGGAUGAAUACAUAUGGAUGGACUGAGGAGAACUACGAAAGUUCUGUGCUGGCACACGUUUUGAAAGUGUAUUCUGACGUGAGAAUAUGUGUAGAAUAUGUACAGGAACAGUUACCUAGCUAAUCGUCCAGAAUCAGAAAUUAUGCAGGUUGCCAUUGGUUAGCUGUGUAUCUGGAAACAAUUAAAAGCAUACAUAGAAUUGGUGUAAAUAAUUGUUACUAAGGUAAGCAUGUGAAUGGUAGUCUAUGUAAUAUAUAUUUUAUUCUUAUAUGUCUGACAUGUAAAUAAUCAAUUUUAAUAUCUCUGUGAAAUGUUGCAGGAAAGCUAUAGACAAAAGUCUAAAUAAAUGUCUAACUCAAAUUUUAUUUUGAAAGCAGUCUUGUUCUGGAAUAGCCUUUAUGUGUAACUUUAACUCAAUUUAAGUGGUAUCUGUUGUUAAUUUAAAAAAAACAAAAACAAAACCUAAAAAUAUUCAUCCAAGGAAGCAAAAAGUUACAACCUGCACAUUGCCUUAGAACAAUUUAAUGAGAAGAUACAGAAUAUCUUACAACACUCCAUAAGAAUACCACUCCAACUACUACCAAGUCUGAAGUCACUGUCUACAUUGGCCAAUAUGACACAGCCACUAACUUGCCAAGCGGCUCACAGAAGGCACGAGACAGAAAGCACCGACAGGUACACUGGAUGUGAUGACAUCAUACAGUAGCCAUCACCUACUACCAAGUUUGAACAAACUGUGUUAAUAUAUUGGCUUCAACUGUGAUUUAAAAGCUGAAAGAUGUAUAUCAACUUGGGCCGUUUUUCCUUAAUCUUUGGAUGAUGAUCCAAAAGCUUCUUGGAAGAACAACUCUCAUCUAAUAUUUAUAUUUUGUGGCAAUCUGAACGCCACUCCACUGAUGCGUUUUGUGAAUAACAGGUGUGCUGUAGUAGUAUGGAACAUAAAAAAUAAAACAUUUUGAACUGA